AUGGCGAACUCACGAACACGCGCCGAGCCAGGCGGAUCUCUAAGCACCACUACCAUCAUCGCCAUCGUAAGCGCAGUUGGCGUAGUUAUCCUGGGCCUCCUUGCUGCGCUUGUUUUGCUUCUCAUCCGAGCAGUCCGUAGGCACAAGCAGCUGCUUGCUGAUCUCGACGAACGGGGUCUGACCAUAACCCAAGCGCAGAAGGAGGCCAGGCUCAAUGAGGUAGCAAGGCCACGCGCUGUACUGAGGCGGAACACCAUCUUGCCUUUCAACGCCAAAUCAGGAUGGGGGGCAUUGCCCUCAGUGGAAACGAUCGGUUCCGCAGCACCGUCCAGCGAGCCUUCAACAUCAGUACCAACGCACUAUGUGCCUCCGAAGCCGAUAGAGCCAAACAAGAGAACCAGCAGACUAUCGUGGCCUUUUCACAGUCGUAAACUAUCUGGUCAUACCAUGAAGAUGAAGAGAUUGAGGGCUAAUAGGCUUUCUGCUGUCUUGGAAGACCCAAAACCAUCAUCGCUCGUGCCAAUCCUUCGUGCAGGUCAGCUGUCAGUAUCAAGACCAUCACUGGCGUCGCUGAAGGAAUAUGGAAGCCAGCCUUCUUCCUGCCAAUCGUUGCUGAAGUAUCAUCCAGCAUUUCGCACCCAGAACCAAGACAUGGACGCCAUAGAGCCAGCACCAUUCGGGAUCUCGAAACGAUUGCAACGCGCAAAGUCGGUCACAGAAGUGCCUUUUGAGACCGAGCGCCCACAACUGCGAGCAAGGUCAACGAGUCUCCACAGUCAGGCGUCUGGGAAGGCGCCAGACGUUAUCCUGCCACCUUUGCCGCUUGACAUCGCUCGCAUCAAGGAUGAGGUUAGGAGACAAAGCCAGCUUCGCCACGCUCCGUCGAAAACCUCGAUAUCCAGUUUUGGUUCUACGGAUACGUCCAUUCUCAAUCCUCGUCAAAGCCCGAUCCUUAUGCAGUCAUCUAAUAUGCGGGCCCCAAAAAUCACCAAGCGAGAGUGGAAGAACCACACACUCGAAAAGAUGAACCCUGUCAUUGAGAGCCGCGAGAGUAUGUACAGCUUACACGGUUCGAUGAAGAGCAGCGCGGCAGAUAUCGAGACAGCUUCGCCAGAAGCGCGACGGGAAUUCAUGGCAGAUACAACAGCGCUUCCCCAAGAACCCAGCACGCAUAGUCUCGGAUCGGUCUACACACCCGGCUCAGUAGGCUCCGUCAAAAGGGCAGAGUCAGUCACUAUGAGCAGGGUGGUCUCUGCAAGCACAAGCCCGGCCCCCAUACGCACGAGGACGCCGAAUCGCAGACCGAAGACACUGGUCACAUCUUCGGGUUCGCCCGAAAAAUACUCCCAAGUUGCUGCGAACUCAAGGAUUACUGUGAGGUCGCCGAAACGCCAGACUUCGCGGGCGUCGUCCCGGAGCAGCUGCGGAAACCCAUUCCAGUGGGACCCAGCACCUCUGUCGUCCGCCGGUAAACCUUCGGCAUUGAAAGGAAGCCCGAGUGCGCGUCAGGGACAUCGACGCGGCCACAGCGUGCGUAUAUCGUUGGUACCCACGAUCCACUCUAUCCGGAAUCGAGUGCCCAGCCCAGCACUGAUUAGUGAGGGUGAGAAUGGCCCUUCUACGGAGACCAAGGCAGCCGCCCUUGGCUUCCCCAGUCAUCGCUCAUUACCCGCACCGCCUACAUCCGAGAUAUUUGCACCCGAGCUGAGUUUUACUGCAACAUCACUCAAGGCAUCGUUGACCCCGACCUCACCCUCACUACAUCUAGUCAACUAUGAUCAAAACUUUGUCGUUUCACCCACAGAUCACAUACUACCAGAGCUGUCGGAACGCGAACAGGAUCGCCUAAGCGCUGGCUCUGUCUUCAGCUUGUCGAGCUUCCCACUUCCACUUUCAACAACAGAGCCUGAAGAGGAAACCGCGAUUCAUGUUUCCAAUCACAGCUAUGUGCCAGACACACCAUACCUUCAGCAGUACCCUUUCAGGAUAGGUACACAUGAUCGGCAGUCGUCUCCUUCUCAGACGAGCAUCAUCGAUAUUGACGAGUAUGACUCUGAGCAGCCUGGCCUGGGGUUCCAAACUCCUACAAACAUGGUUGGUCGGACUUACCAGUCUGCUUGCACCACCAUUCCCGAGGAAUCUUCGGUAGGCUCAAAAGCAACCCUGGACCGCGCACCAGCCCAUUACGAUGAUUCUCCACCCUGCUCGCCGAAGACAUUAUCGCCACAACGUUUCACUUUGAAUGGUCAAUACAACUUACCAAUUCAAGAUACCACAAUACCAGAAGAGCCGGUGCAGACGAUCGACCCAGCGGUGUUGACUAAAGACAACUCCGGCCUUCUCAACAGCGGCUUCGAGAGCUUUCGGGGUAGUAUCACACAUUCGGCAAACAGCAGCCGCACCAGCAUCGCCAUACCAACCACGCCUGGGCUUUCAGACCCCCUCGACGUCGCUUUUCCGUCACUAAAGAGCAUGGGUCCAGUUACGAUGCGCUCUCAACCAAGUUCCAUCUACUCUUCUCCAUCCCACUCUCCGCAGAGAUCCAUCUUCGCCUCCACAAGCCGCUUAGUACCAUGCUCUCCGCGCCCAGCACACGCCUCACUACCCACUAUCUCCCUCAACUUUGCCGACAUGCCGAGACUUGCAUCCGGUCUGCCUCCAACACCGCUCCGCUCUUCGAUCCAGCAACUGCGCCGCAUGAACUCGGAUGCAUCAGACGCCCGCAAAGACAAAGCUGGGCGCGGCGAGCGCCGCUACCUGCGUCUGGGCCGGGACUCGAGCGUGCAGCUGCCGGGCGACGAGAGCUGGCUGGACGAGCUGAGCGAGUACGAAGCCGAGGGCGUUGAGUUGGACGACGAAGAAGUGCGCCGGCUGGUCGGCAGCGUGCUGGAAGACUGGGACGCUGAGGCAGACGACACGUACGAUGCGUACGAGCACGCAGUGCUGGAUCUCGACACAACGCCGCGCGCUGCGCAGGCACUAGGGGGCGCCAGGGGCGUGUAUGUCGACGAUGCCGUCGCGGGCGCAGACCAGAGCACGAGCAGCAUCUGGGACGAGAGCGAUGCAUUCUGGGCGAGCAGCACGCCGCCCUUGCAACAAACCCAGUUCCCAUCGAAGCCAAAGCCGACACCCACCAUGCCCAAGCCAGGCAAGAAGCGACAAUUCGAAGUCGCCAAAGACCCGUCCCCGGCGGAAUCCCCUGUCCUAGGCAACCCAGGAAAUAGCACCAAGUCGCGCACCAGCUUCGAGUACAAGAGCGAGCGCAAGCGCAGCGCCCUCGGCGACGGCACGCCCAACGUAGGCGCGCGAGCGCACAUGGCAAGUCCAACGACCACGCCGGGGAGCUACUACGACGAGCAGGGGUUCUUGCGCGCAUAG